AUGGGGGUUCCAGGAUAUGUGGAACCCCCUGGAACGAAUGCCAUUCUUGGGUUCAUUUUGACAAAUCUCAUGGGUCUUGUUGUGAUGGGGCUCUGGAAGCUGGGACUCUGCACAAGGCGUGGCUACACAGUGAGACCUACCAAUCUGCCUUUAGAAGCAUCAGCUUCUUCAGAAGGGGCGGCCCCCGAAGAUAGAGUUUCCCGGUCCGUCAACUUCCAGACUCUCAGGGCUCCCGUCAAGUUCGACACGGACGGGAUAACCUCUCCCAAUUGGUCGCCGCCCAGUCGGGAAGAAACAAACUUUGUCUUCGAUGAAGGACCAAAUUUACAAAUUCAUAGAGUCACCUGCAAUCAGGAUUUCCCAUCGUCGUGGCAGCCCGCGCGCCGGAUCAUCACCUUCAUGGGCGCCGUCUCGUUCGCCUGCACGCUGCUAGUCGUCGCCAUCAUUCUCGUCGCCGUGGCGCUCUCGAAGACUGCCCAGCACCGCUCUCCCGCCAACGGGCUCGCCGAAAUCGUGUACCUGGUUCCGCAGCCGCGCCACUUCCACAACAGGACGCCCACCGUGGUGGUGCACCGGCGGAACCCCAUGAUCUGGAAGAGACACGCCGACGACCUCGCCAAGCUGGUUAAGGCGUACAGGGACAGGCAGGGAGCUAUCGCGACGUCCAACUGCGACCUGCACUACGCACCCAUAGGUGUUUCUUCAUGUUCGUUUCCCUUGGACAGAAUCAGUGACAACUGCACAGCUCAGAACAAUUUCGGGUAUGAUACCGGAAAUCCUUGCGUGGCGUUGGUCUUCAACACUUUGGCUGGCUGGCUGCCCCAACCCUACAAUCUGUCCAAUCCUCGCGAGAUCCCCCCAGAACUGCUGAAAUGGGGAGAAUACGACCCAAAUAUCGUCCGCAUUACGUGCAAAGCGACUGUGAUGGCUUCUAAAGAACCCCUGGAGGUUCAGUAUUCACCCUUUCAGGGCUUCCCUGUCAGGUUUCUUCCUUCCAGAGGUGCUGGCACGAGUCUUCCGCCUCUGGUGAUGGUGCAGUUUUUCGGGUCAAAAGCCAUGACGGACGUAGAUGUGACGUGUAUUUUGUGGGCCAAAAAUCUUCCAAGAAACAGCACCAGUGCUGCUGGAAACAUUAGAUUCAGCCUGUUUAUUGUCUGA